AGGCGGCGGCGUGCGCCGCGGGAGCGGGAGGGGCCCCGGUGGGAGAGCGCGGCAGGUGACGGGCUGCGCCGGGCGGUAUCCGCGGCGCGGUUGUUGCGGGCAGGAUUCGUGCCGCCGGGAGGAUGAGCCGGUUCCUAAACGUGCUGCGCAGCUGGCUAGUGAUGGUGUCGGUCAUCGCCGCCGGGAACACCCUGCAGAGCUUCCGCGACCACAGCUUCCUCUCGGAGAAGCUGUACACCGCCAGCCCCGGCCUCGUGAACGGGCUCCAGGCUCGGACCUUUGGCGUCUGGACCCUGCUGUCAUCAGUGAUCCGCUGUCUCUGCGCCAUCGACAUCCGCAAUAGGACCCUCUAUUACAUCACACUCUUCACCUUCUUUUUGGCUCUUGUUCACUUCCUCUCCGAGGUCUUCAUUUACCACACUGCAGCCUUGACGAUUGGAGUUAUGGCACCCCUCAUGGUAGCAAGUUUCUCUAUCUUGGGGAUGUUGAUUGGGCUGCAGUACCUGGAGGUAGAAGAACUGUCACAAAACAAGAAAAAAAACUGAAGCUGAGGGCCCUAUGUGGAUCAGCACUGUCUCCUAUCUUCACUGCCAAACUUCUACUAAAGCUCUGCUGAAUCAAUGUUGGACUCUGUCAAUCAUUCUUCAUUACCAAGUGUUUUCACUUGUCCAGGCAACAUUUUGACUGACUGAUGCUGAAGACCAAGUCCCAGAGGAGUUUGGCUGAAAGCUUGCGGGGGGCAGUGGGUGGCUGCCACCCUGGAGGACAGCAAGGAAUGUCCCAGGCAUGCCUAGAGCAUUAAGGACUUCUCUCCCAGUGUACCUGCAGGGAGGAGGUGUACAGCUACCCCGGAUCCACUGAACACUUCAGACUGGAAAGAGAGAACGUGUGUUAUCCCCACACCGUUGUGUAACUUGCAUGUAUGUGUUCCUCAGGGGCCAUUUCUAAUAAAUGAUGGAAAACUGCA